UUUCAGUAGCGGGGUGUGGGGGUGUGGGGGGCGUCGCGCGCCCGGGACGUUUCAGUGAUCGGCCGCCCGCCCCGGCGCCUGUACGCGUCUCGCGUUCCCGCGGCACGACACCUCCACGUCAUGUAAUCACGUGCCAAAUAGUGUGCCAAAAAGUGUAAGUGCAGCAUGGAAGUAUAUAUAAUAGUUGGAAUGGCAGUGUUGAUCUACACGUUCGUAACGUUACUGUUAAAUAGUGAGUGCUGGAACCCGGAGCACCAGAAGUGUCAGUGCGAGGAGUGCAAGAGCCUGUGCAGCGCCACGCGCGCCCUCACGCCCUCCGUCAUGUCGGUGUCGUCGCGCAUUGACGUCAUCACGCGCCCCUGAACUGCCUCUUGUGCAGCGCUGAUCGCCUGGUACUUUACUCAGUUCGUUCAUGUUUAAUAUGAAGUAAAAUAAUUACAAAGCCAUUGUAGGCUGCUUGCGUUGCGUUUGAAAAGCAAAGUAAAGCAUACAGUGAAAUAGUUGAUAUAAGAAAUAAGUGGUGGUCGUGCUGGGGCAGUGCGAUGGUGUGGUAGACAGGCGGGCAUGGACCCGCUGGCUCGGCUGAUGGAAGGCGCUCCGCUGCCGGGCGUGCUGGGGGCCACGCGCGACGCCCGGCCGCGCGGCGCGCUGGUGCACGCCAGCCUGGCCGCCGCGCCCGCCAUCGGCGACAAGAAGGGCCGCCACCUCACCGGCACCUUCUGCCUCACCGGCGACACCAUGGAGGGAAUCAUUCAGUGCCUCGUCUUCCUCAAGGCUUUCUCGCUCGUGGGCGGCGAGUUCGACAUGGAGUUGAAUUUCGUGAUACAGGACGCGCAGAAUAUUCAACACAUGUUAGAACUACUAGACCACUGUCCACCAAGUUUACAGGCGGAAAUAUGGUCAGUGUUUAUUGCAAUCCUGCGCAAAAGUGUACGGAACCUCCAAGCCUGUACUGACGUAGGACUCAUACACCAUGUGCUCCAGAGGCUACCUCGCGCUGAAACAGUCGUCGCUGAUCUGCUCAUCGAGAUGUUGGGGGUGCUGGCCAGCUAUAGCGUCACCGUCAAGGAGCUCAAACAGCUGUUCAGUGCCAUGAAAGCCGUCAACGGGAAAUGGCCCCGGCACUCGGCUAAGCUGCUGAACGUGCUCCGGCAGAUGCCGCACCGGAACGGGCCGGACGUGUUCUUCAGCUUCCCCGGACGGAAAGGAUCGGCCGUGGUGCUCCCGCCGCUGGCGAGGUGGCCCUACGAGAACGGCUUCACCUUCACCACGUGGUUCCGCCUCGACCCCAUCAACUCCGUCAACAUCGAGAGGGAGAAACCCUACCUUUACUGUUUCAAAACGAGUAAAGGCGUGGGCUACACGGCGCACUUCGUCGGCAACUGUCUAGUUCUCACGUCUAUGAAGGUGCGCGGCAAAGGGUUCCAACAUUGUGUCAAAUACGAGUUUCAGCCCAGAAGAUGGUACGCGAUAGCGGUGGUGUACAUAUACAAUAGAUGGACGAAGAGUGAGAUCAAAUGCUUGGUGAACGGCCAGCUUGCGUCCAGCACGGAGAUGGCGUGGUUCGUCUCCACCAACGACCCUUUCGACAAGUGCUACAUCGGCGCGACGGCGGAGCUGGACGAGGAGCGCGUGUUCUGCGGUCAGAUGGCUGCCAUCUAUCUGUUCGGCGAGGCGCUCACCACGCACCAGAUCUGCGCCAUGCACAGGCUGGGGCCCGGCUAUAAGAGUCAAUUCCGAUUCGACAACGAAUGCAACAUCAGUUUGCCGGAGAAUCAUAAAAGGGUGAGCGAGACGACCGCUCCCAAGCUUGAAAACGCUGAUGUUCCCCCUCCUCCCGAUCCCGAAAGUUCCCCCCAAACUCCUGAGAUCCAGUCGCCUGAUGUAGCUUCUCCCGAAGAGGACACUAAGCCAGCAGAGACAGAAGAAGCAUGCGUAGUAGUGAAGGAAGACGCGACGCCGCGCGGGCGCCGCCUGGCGGACGAGGCGCGCGAAGUGGCCGCCGCGCAUGCCUCCAUGCUCGUAGAUAUUGAAGCAUGCAAGCGUGGUCAGUUCCGCUUCGACGCAGAGUGCCACCCGCCGCUGCCGGCCGCGGACGUGCGCACGGACCGCUACGGCGACCUCAUUCACGAUCCCACGCAGAACGUCCACGACGUGUUAUACGACGGCAAGUUGUCUUCGGGUAUUGUGUUCAUGUACAACCCAGUGGCGACGGACGGUCAGCUGUGUCUACAGUCAGCACCCAAAGGAAAUGUUUCUUACUUCGUGCACACGCCACAUGCACUUAUGCUGCAGGAGGUCAAAGCAGUGGUCACACAUUCAAUACACAGUGCAUUAAAUUCCAUCGGCGGAGUGCAGGUUCUGUUCCCGUUGUUCGCACAACUGGACCUACCGCACGACGCGCCCGCCACCGACCCCAAGAGAGACCCCAUGCUCUGUUCGAAGCUGCUGGGGUUCGUGUGCUCGCUGGUGGAGUCGUGCAGCACGGUGCAGCAGCACAUGCUGCAGUGCCGCGGCUUCCUCGUCAUCUCGCACAUGCUGCAGCGCUGCAGCCGCGACCACCUCACGCCCGACACGCUCGCCUCCUUCCUCCACCUCACCAAGCAUCUCGUCACCUGCUGCUCUCCUAACUCCGACCUGCUGCUCAAACAGCUGUUGGACCACAUUCUGUUCAACCCCGCGCUGUGGAUCCACACGCCGGCGGCCGUGCAGGCCAGGCUCUACUGCUACCUGGCGACGGACUUCCUCGCCGACGCGCACAUCUACGGCAGUGUGCGCCGCGUCAGCACCGUGCUGCAGACCGUACACACGCUCAAGUUUUACUAUUGGGUAGUCAACCCCAGAGCUAAGAGCGGAAUUACGCCCAAAGGAUUAGAAGGACCGCGGCCGGCUCACAAAGACAUUCUUACUAUUAGAGCAUACAUUUUGCUAUUUUUAAAACAACUGAUCAUGAUCGGCAACGGAGUGAAAGAAGACGAACUACAAUCCAUACUCAACUACCUGACAACUAUGCACGAGGACGAGAAUCUACACGAUGUCUUACAAAUGUUAAUAUCACUUAUGUCGGAACACCCCAGUUCUAUGGUGCCAGCUUUUGACGCUAAGGGUGGAGUUAGGACUAUCUUCAAAUUGCUGUCGUCAGAGAGUCAACUAAUAAGGCUGCAAGCUCUCAAGUUAUUAGGGUUUUUCCUCAGCAGAAGUACACACAAACGCAAAUACGACGUGAUGUCGCCACACAACUUAUAUACGCUACUGGCGACGCGGCUGGGCGCGAGCGGCGAGGGGCUGGCGCUGCCGGUGUACAACGCGCUGUACGAGCUGCUCACAGAGCACGUGGGCCAGCAGAUACUGUACACCAGCCACCCUGAGCCGCAGCCGCACUUCCGACUGGAGAACCCCAUGAUCCUAAAAGUGGUAGCGACGUUGAUCCGGCAGUCGAAGCAGACGGAACAACUCCUGGAGGUGAAGAAGCUGUUCCUGUCCGACAUGACGCUGCUGUGCAGCAACAACCGCGAGAACCGCAGGACUGUGCUGCAGAUGUCUGUGUGGCAGGAAUGGCUAAUAGCGAUGGCCUACAUCCACCCGAAGAACGCGGAAGAGCAGAAGAUCUCGGACAUGGUGUACUCUUUGUUCCGCAUGCUGCUGCACCACGCAAUCAAGCACGAGUACGGCGGCUGGCGCGUCUGGGUCGACACGCUGGCCAUCGUGCAUUCUAAGGUUUCAUACGAAGAAUUCAAACUCCAGUUUGCCCAAAUGUAUGAGCACUACGAACAACGUCGCGCCGACAACAUCACAGACCCGGCCGAACGACAGCAACGUCCUAUUUCUACCAUCUGCGGCUGGGAACGACGCGACACCCACCAGGCUCUACACCACGCUGCACAGACUGAAAUCGGCGCAGGAUUGUCCCUAAGAGACCUCGACACUUGCAGGUGUAAUGCAACUGAAACAAAUGACUCAACUGAUGCAGUAUACUCACAGGUUUGUAAGGUCCACACGCCUAAACGUGACGCGUUACCUGAGUCACAGACUGAAACAACAGAAGCAAGACGUCCUGAAGAAGUUGAACAUGCCAUAGAUGAAGUAGAAACACCCACUGAUGACGCCGAGAGGGUAGUGUCACCCACAGAUGCGUUACCGUCGGAAACAGAACUAGUAAGGUCCAUGAUCGAAGAUACGAAAUGUUUAGAAGAUCCGGAGUCGGGUAUCGGUACUCUAGAGAAGAGUGAUGAACCUUUAACGAGGCAAGGUAGUCUAGAUUAUAUUCCUGUUCGAGAUGUAGGUGAUGGUGUUUCCAAAGACGAUGCUACUGAUCGUAGUGAAGGUAUUCCUUCAAGUUUAUCGGCUAGUGAGACGGCCAGUCCUGAACGAGUUGCUGAACUCAACGUUGUUACUGAACGUGAGUCCGAACUAUCGGACCGAUCAGACUUGUACCUCACACCUAGUGAAGCGACAAGUCCGAAGAAAUCAUUAGAUAAAGCUGAUGAUGAUCCCGAAGACCCUAAACGUGUAGCAAUUAAUAUUGUCAACGACGUACUGAGCAUAGCGCUCGAAACUGUGAGGUUAAAGACUGAUGAUGAUACGGACUCAGGAGCCAUCUCCGGAGGUCUGCACUCUGAAGGGAACACUCCCAACGGACGAGAUGACUUCGAGCAGGAGAUCGAAGAGAUCGUGGACGACAAGCGAGCGGCGGAAACCAUCGCCAACGAAUUAGUUACGGACUUAAUUACAUCGGUUGUGACAAAAAGUGAGAAUGUUCAAGUGGCUGAAAGUAGUAGUGAAAAUAUUGAAAUUCCUGAAACUAGUAGUGAUAAUGUUGUUGCUGAUAGUGAAACUGUUGAGCCAAAUAGUGAAAAUAUUACAACGGACGAUAAUAGUCCGCAGAGGGUCAUUCCUUCCGAUCACCCGCACGAAGGCAACGUACUGCCUCUUGAUGGUGAAUUUUUAGUCAAUUCUAGAACUGAAGAGGCUGAGAAACUAGAUGUAGAACGAAAAGACGAAGUUACGGAAGAAAAUGAGAAGAAUGAUAGCCAAAGAGUCGACAUGCCGACACCAGAAGAAGAGAAGACUCCUGAGAUUCCUCCGAUCUCAACUAUUAGUGAAAGUAUACCGCUAGAUAAUAAGGAGGUGGAUAGUGAAGACGAAGGCCAUGAGAGUGAAAGAGACAAGAGACGCGUGAGCUUACCGGGUGAUACUGAGAUGAAGCAAGACGGCAGUAGAGGCGAGGGAGUGGCCACGCAGGGCACCAACACUUCAGCGUCGCCUAAGAGGCCUCGCAGUGCCUCCACUAGUACCCAAGUCGACUCCAAUCAUUUUGAAACAAAGCGUCCGUCGAAGUGUUCCCGGCCGAUGUUCUCCCCCGGACCGACGCGGCCGCCGUUCCGUAUCCCGGAAUUCCGCUGGUCCUACAUACACCAAAGACUGCUCUCUGACGUUCUGUUCUCCUUGGAAACUGAUAUUCAAGUAUGGAGAAGUCAUUCAACGAAGUCAGUGAUCGACUUCGUGAACAGCAGCGAGAACGCGAUCUUCGUGGUAAACACCGUGCACCUGAUCAGCCAGCUGGCUGAUAACCUGAUCAUCGCUUGUGGCGGACUACUGCCGCUGUUGGCCUCUGCUACCUCGCCUAAUAAUGAGCUCGACGUAAUAGAGCCGACGCAAGGCAUGCCGGUGGAAGUAGCGGUGACCUUCCUGCAGCGGCUGGUCAGCAUGGCCGAUGUGCUGAUCUUCGCCAGCGCGCUCAACUUCGCUGAACUGGAAGCCGAGAAGAACAUGUCUUCGGGAGGCAUACUCCGACAAUGUCUGAGGCUGGUGUGCACGUGUGCCGUGCGCAAUUGCCUCGAGUGCAAGGAGCGCCAGCGCUACGCCGCCGCCCGCGCCGGCCCACGCGCCGCCGACUCGCCCGAACCCAAGAGUGUGGUGGCAAGUUUAGCGGACGCAUCGAGUCCCGUUAAGGACCCAGAGAGACUUCUUCAAGAUAUGGAUGUGAAUAGACUUCGUGCGGUUAUUUAUAGAGAUGUGGAGGAGACGAAGCAGGCGCAGUUCCUGUCGCUGGCCAUCGUGUACUUCAUCUCUGUGCUGAUGGUGUCGAAGUACCGCGACAUCCUCGAGCCGCCCGCGCACGCGCCGCCCGACGCCGCGCGCCGCCCGCACCACGCGCACGAACACCACGAACACAAUGGCGAUGAUGUCGAGUAUGCCAUGAUUGUGGUCGAUGAGAACAAUUCUACCAUUAACGAUUUGGACUCUCCAUCCAUGAAGGAGACGGAUGGCAAAGAAGAGGGUGUCGCGAAAAUAGAAACGACCACUGACGAACUGAAGCCUAGUACUGGAGAGAAAGCAAAGCCUAGCGAUAAGCCGGACCUUUCCCCCGCGUCCGACAAGGAAGAGCCGCUAUUCAAGUCGAGCCUCCGAAUCAAAAGCCAGCUCAAGCCCAAGAGUGUGGACUCGAUCGAGGACGCGGGAUCGUUCCACCUGAACUCGAAUGAGACCACCAAUAAUGACCCGGAGACUUCCAGCGAGAUUGCGCUCGAUGAUAACAAACAUCCGGUGAGCAAUGACGAGUCAUGGACGGACGUGAACUUGAAUGAGGAUGGCGAGCGCGGCCCUGCCACCAUUACUGGUAGGACGAGGGACCACGAAGGAAAUAUACAUGAAGACAUAGAUAAACAAAUUCACAUGAGGAACUCAGAGUCUCACCAUCACCUCACGCAAAGGCAUCAGAACAGAAACCUGCAAGCGGCGCAGAGGCAUUUACAUCCAGACAACGAGACCCUAGCAGGUCUGAACGCAAUGAACACAACUAUGACAGCCGACGGCGUGUCUCGCGAGGCGUCUCUGACCCACAAGUUGGAGACAGCGCUAGGCCCCGUCUGUCCCCUACUCCGAGAAAUCAUGCUGGACUUCGCUCCCUUCCUCUCCAAGACCCUGGUGGGGUCCCAUGGACAGGAACUGCUUAUGGAGGGCCUUCAAACCUUCAAGUCCAGUACAUCAGUGGUGGAACUGGUGAUGCUGCUGUGCUCCCAAGAGUGGCAGAACUCGCUGCAGAAGCACGCGGGGCUGGCCUUCAUCGAGCUGAUCAAUGAGGGUCGGCUUCUGUCACAUGCCAUGAGAGAUCACAUAGUGAGGGUGGCUAAUGAGGCCGAGUUCAUACUCAAUAGGAUGCGAGCUGAUGAUGUACUUAAACACGCUGAUUUUGAGUGUCUAUGCGCAACAAGUAGCGCUGAACGAGCAGAGGAAGAGCGCACGUGCGAGCGACUCAUCGCCGCCGCGCGUCGCCGCGACCACGCCGCCGCCGCUAGACUGUUAGACAAACUACGACAUGCUGCCUCGCACGCCACGCCACAUCCUGGUAGUGGCAGUCAAUUCUGGAAGCUAGAUUCUUGGGAGGACGACGCGCGUCGCCGAAGACGACUCGUGCCCGACCCGCGCGGCCGCCGCCACGUCGCCGCAGCGCUGGCCCGCCCGCACCCCAGCACGCAUCACCAUGAUGCCAUACUACAGGCUACAGAAGAAUUGCACUCGAGGAUAGCGGCGGGAGGUGCGGGUCGCGGGGCGCAGUUACCGACGACUGCGGCCGCCGAACUCUUAGACGACGCUGAGCUCCUGGUAGAUGACAGAGAAAUCGAUGCCGAUCUCACCGGUCCAGUAAACAUAAGUACGAAGGCGCGGCUGGUGGCUCCAGGGCUGGUGGCGCCGGGAACCGUCUCGCUCACCUCCACAGAACUUUACUUCGAAGUGGACGAGGAGGACCCCGAGUAUAAGAAGAUUGACCCUGAGGUGUUGAAGUACUGCGAGCACCUGCACGGCAAGUGGUACUUCAGCGAGAUCCGCGCCAUCUUCUCGCGCCGCUACCUGCUGCAGAAUGUCGCCAUCGAGAUGUUCCUCGCCAGCAGGACGUCGAUAUUCUUCGCGUUCCCCGACCAGGCCACCGUGAAGAAGGUCAUCAAAGCACUGCCCAGGGUCGGCGUUGGCAUCAAAUAUGGCAUUCCUCAGUCCAGACGUGCAUCGAUGAUGUCUCCGCGGCAACUCAUGCGCAACUCGAAUAUGACGCAGAAAUGGCAACGACGGGAGAUCUCCAACUUUGAGUACCUCAUGUUCCUGAACACUAUUGCUGGACGCACAUACAAUGACUUGAAUCAAUACCCAGUGUUCCCAUGGAUCCUGACGAACUAUGAGAGUGAGGAGUUGGACCUCAGCCAGCCGUCCAACUACAGGGAUCUCUCCAAGCCCAUCGGAGCCCUAAACCCUAGUCGUCGCGCGUACUUCGAGGAGCGCUACAAUACUUGGGAGCACGAGUCGACUCCACCCUUCCACUACGGCACUCACUACUCCACGGCCGCCUUCGUGCUCAACUGGCUAGUUCGCAUCGAACCGAUGACAACUAUGUUCCUAGCGCUACAGGGUGGCAAGUUUGACCACCCCAACAGGCUUUUCUCCUCAAUCGCCAUGUCAUGGAAGAACUGCCAGCGAGAUACUUCUGACGUUAAGGAACUAAUACCGGAACUGUUCUUCCUGCCCGAAAUGCUGGUGAACAGUUCAGGGUUCCGGCUAGGUAUCCCCGAGUCUCCGUCAGGUGACGUCAUCCUGCCACCCUGGGCGUCUUCAGCCGAGGAGUUCGUGCGCAUCAACCGAAUGGCACUGGAAUCCGAGUUCGUUAGCUGUCAACUGCAUCAGUGGAUCGAUCUCAUAUUCGGUUAUAAGCAGAGAGGUCCCGAGGCGGUCCGUGCAACCAACGUAUUCUACUACCUAACCUACGAAGGAGGGGUCCGUCUCGACCAGAUCACGGAGCCCGUCACCAGAGCGGCCAUUGAGGACCAGAUCCGUAGCUUUGGACAAACUCCUGCACAAUUACUGAGUGAACCUCACCCUCCGAGAGCAUCGACCAUGCACCUCGCGCCGCUGAUGUUCGCGGCAGCACCUGAUGAUGUGUGUUUGAGGCUUAAACUACCUUCAAAUGCGGCUGUGGUACAUGUCUCCGCGAACACCUAUCCUCAGCUGGCUAUGCCUGCUGUUGUUACGGUGAGUGCAGCCCGUGCGUUUGCGGCACACCGUUGGUCUGGCGGCGGCUGUGCUCACGCGCCGCACGCUCCCCGACACGCGCCUGAUCAUACGCAUCACCCGCACCAUCCGCUACUUAUGGACCCAGUCUGGGCGGCAGGCGGCGCGGCGGCGCUGUCGCGGCGGCAGCUGGGCGACAACUUCUCGCAGCGCGUGCGUGCGCGGAGCAAUUGCUUCGUGACGACGGUCGACUCGCGCUUCCUCAUCGCCGCCGGCUUCUGGGACAACAGCUUCCGCGUCUUCAGCACUGACACUGCAAAAAUAGUACAAAUAAUCUUCGGGCACUACGGCGUGGUGACGUGCGUGUGUCGCUCGGAGUGCAACAUCACCUCCGACUGCUACAUCGCGUCCGGCUCCGAGGACUGCACCGUGCUGCUGUGGCAUUGGUCUGCCCGACACGGCGGCAUUGUAGGCGAGGGAGAGACGCCGGCGCCGAGAGUUACUCUGACGGGACACGACGCUCCUAUCAACGGAGUUCUCGUCUCCGCAGAACUGGGCCUGGUUAUAUCUUCGUCAGUCAAUGGCCCCGUGCUAAUCCACACGACUUUUGGCGAGGUGCUGCGCGCACUCUCCGCGGCGGAGGGCGUGUGCUCGCCGCAGCAGCUCGCGCUGUCGAGAGAAGGCGUCGUGGUGGUGGCAUAUGCAAAGGGACAUCUGGCCGCCUUCACGCUCAAUGGGCGAAGGCUGAGGCACGAGACGCAUAAUGAUAACUUCCAGUGCCUGGUGCUGUCUCGCUGCGGCGAGUACCUGGCGUGCGGCGGCGACGCGGGCGUGGUGGAGGUGUGGCGCGCGGCGACGCUGGCGCCGCUGUACGCCUUCCCGCCCGCCGGCGCGCCCGUCACCUCGCUCGCGCUCUCGCACGACCAGAAGUUCCUGUUAGCGGGUCUAGAGAACGGCUCCCUGGUUGUAUUCCACAUAGACUUCAACAGAUGGCACCACGAGUACCAACAGCGGUACUGAACAUCAGUACACUAGUUAUUAUUACUAAACUUAAUUCAAUUACCAGCCGGGCGCUGGCAACACUGGCCCUUAUCCUGUGGGUAAUGGCCAGUGGUGCAAGUGUCACGGAUUUAAUUCGCAUCUAGGUAAAGGCGAUAUUACGCUCAUAGGUGAUAGGACGUAAUGGCUGCUAUUUCGAUUGAAUAUUCACUGUUCUUUACGAUUCAAAGCAGCAAUCUUCUACCAGAUAAGAAAUUAAUUAAUUGUACUCUCAAUUCGAUUAAAAUUAACAGUGGUAAAGAACAGUGUUAUUAAUAUUAAGUGUGGUAUUCGAAAUUUAAUCGCAGCUACAUAUAGCUAUUGAUUAAACUACCGCACUGGUCUAAAUUUUAAAUUAAUAAAAAUCUUGUUGGGUUGUAAUAUUUCGACACAUUAAUGCUAUAUUGGGUAAUGAUCAGUAUGAGGCAACUGGCAAGUAAGUACUUAAUUAGUUUUUAAGUUCAUUGACAUUCCAUUGAUUUUAAUUCGUUUAGUAACAAUUUAAUUGUAUUAAAAUACUAAGACAUUAAAUGAGACGACUUCAUAACAUUCCAUGAAAUUUUAUACAGUUUACAACCAAAUUAUUAUAAAAGUAAGGUAUUAUUUGUUAAAAUUCUUUCUAAGAAGAAUAAUGAUGUAGUUAUUUUUAUAUUUGAUCGGUACUUAAUCAAUUGUUAUUUAUUUAAGUAAAAGAAUGAAGUCGUAGCGUUGUACUUAUACAUAUUUAUUAUUUCUGUGGAGCACUCUGCCACACUACUUUGGCUUUAUCUGUACCACUUUAGUGUUGCCAAUGUAGAAUUUACAAUUCUACUAAAGAAGUAAUAGCUUAAGUAGCAGAGUGUGAUAUUGGUUUUAAGGAGUUUAGAAAAAACAAUCAAAGAAGAUCUGUAUUCCUUCAAACCAAUUUGCACCAAUAGUAUUCUGUGUAUUAUAAAAAGAUUAUAAUUUUUAUGAGAUGAAGCAAUUAGUUUACAGUAAAUUAUUUAUGUAGUGCCAUAGGGAAAGUUUAUUAUUUUAACGCAAUAUAGUGUCUUUCUUAUUUUAUUUAUGAAACUAGGAUCUCCUAUUCAAGUAACGUCCAUUUUAAUUCCUUUAAUGUAUUAUUUCGAGUUUAAAUCCAUGUUAUUAAUUUAUUUAAUCCAUUGACUUUUAUUUGUGCAAUAUUUUCUAAAUGGUCUAAGCUAUUUACAAAAUUCAUUAUAUAUUUUCAAUUCAUUAUAAUAUUACAUGAUAUGCUUGCUCUUUCUAGCAAUCCAGUAUUUGAAAUUAUUUUGAAACAUUCCAAAUUUUUACUCUUGUGCUAUUUUAUGUGGUGGUGGGUAAGAAGUACUUAAUUUUGAAUAUUAUGAUAAAUAAUAAUUGACGUUGUUGUAAUUAAUUUUUGGUUUUAUUAAAUGGUUAUAGCGAAAAUUAUUUUGUUUCUUUCAUUUUUACCUUAUGCCAUUAAUUGAUAUGAUUUGUGUAGUUUGGAUUUUUAGACUGCCUUUUGUAGCGUGCUUUCAAUUUUACUCUGUUGAGGACUUUGGAUUUUUGCCGGUAGUUGUGUUUUAAUUCUGCUGGAAGUGUAUUUAUAUCAAUAAAGCAUUAUUGUACUCGAACAGGGUCACUCUUUGCAUUGAGAGAGCCAUCAUUGUUUCACUCGGUAAAGAAGAAUUGCAAUUCGUCCUGGGUCUUUCUCCUCAACACUGGAACAAUGAUGGCGCCAAUGUAAAGUAGGGCCCCAGGUUGGACAACAGCGCGAAAGUGCCAAUACUUUAGUCAUUUUCGCUAAUUAAACUAUGUCAAUAUAACGUUAGGACGAGUUUAGACUAUAUUAAUGUAAUGUAAUGCUAAAUAAAGUUGUGUUACGGCUAAGUGACGUCACAUAUACGUUACAAAAAACAUAGUUUUUUACGCAUACGUCGUGUUACAUUGUAUUCAAUAUACAAUCAAUUUAUAAACUAUAUUUUUGCAACACUACGCAAGCACCGCUCCUUCCGUUCUGUGAUUUAGGCUUAAAUGCACCUAGACAUACGAAAGUUUAUUCUUCUCGUCGUUUUCCUAUCUCUGUGCCAAAACUAAGGAUAACAAUAUGAGAGACAGAUCAGUGAUUGUAUAAUACGAAAUAUUGAUAGUUCAUUCAUAACUACGCUUCAAACUUAAGCCGUAUUUCCUCCUUUCCAGCGCGACUCCCACCCAUCGGUAACUUUAAUCGCAUUGUAUUUGUAACUU